AAAAAGAAAACGAAAAACCUUUUGACGAACCCUAGUUCCUCCUCUUGGAGAAUUUUGCAGAAUAAGGAGAAUCUUGUUCCUGCCCACGCAGAGGGGAUAAUUCAAAGAGAGUUAAAAUUUUCAACUUGGUAAUUAUAAUGGCAAGGCGAGAGCUUUCCAGCACGUUGAAGAACUUGAAGUUUAUGCAAAGGGCAGCUCUGAGGGAAGAAAGAACCAAGAAAGAAGAUGAUGUCAAACCUGCUAGAAAUUUUCCUAUAAAUUCCAACGUUACUAGAAAAUGUGUGGUUAUAAUUGAAGGUGAUCCCCACCCAAGUGCACUUAAAGGUCGAAUGUCAUUUCAAAGUUUUAAUCCUUCUGUUGAUAAACUAAAUGAUGAGGAAGAAGCAAGACUUGGUCAGCCAGCUGCUGAAACUACUAUUUCUAGAAAUCAAAGUGGAAAUGUUUGUUUUAGAGAAAAUAGCUCUUUGGUAGAAGGUCCAGAAUGUUCUAACUUGGACAAAAAAAAAUCUGAGGUUAAUGGCAAUGUUAAAAGGAAACAGGUGGAAUUAAACUGUGAAGCACAAUAUCCUAACAAAUUACCCAAGAAUGACCAAGGUAAUAGACAAUCAUCGCCCAAGAAUUUCAAUAAACCGAUGGGAGAUAAGCUAGAUUGGAAUGUUCUUAGACCAUCCAAGUGUCAAGCUAAAUAGGAUGAGUUGUUUGAUUGUAAGAGCAAAUCAUGGUAGAGGUUUGGUUCUGUUAACAUGUUUAUGUCUCUCUCAGAUCGGUUUUCUUUAGUUGCUCUGUUAACCUGUU